CUUUCUCUUUAUAGAUGGCAUCCUUCUAAGCAGCAGUCCAAAAGCGAGUCACUGGACACAAACAUUUCUCCAGUGAUUCGCAAGUAAUACCUAAAAAACAACACAAAAAAGAUUACGUAAUACAAGAGAAAAUAAUUUUUAAAAAAAUAGAAAAAGAGAUAUAUAUAUAUAGCAGCAUUAAAAAGGAUAAAAAAGCUAUGGCCUUUGUUAGUGGGAAUUCAGUUUUGUUAAUAUUGCUUAUAUCGUUAGCUUCAUUAGUCCCAAAUUUGCAUGCCGGAAUUGCUGAAUUUGAUGCAUAUUUGGAAAAGCAGGCUAAGGAAGCGCUCAACUCUUCCCUUGCUGCAUACAAUGAACAUCCUGAAGAAAUCACUGAUACAUUCAAUAGAGAAGUCGGAGACACAUUGUUAAAUAUUACAAGCUUAAGGAGGCAUCUAAAGGAAAAAAGUAGUUGCAUGGCAACCAAUCCAAUUGACAGAUGCUGGAGGUGUGACGAAAACUGGGCAAAAAACAGGAAAAAGCUAGCAGAUUGCGCUCGGGGAUUUGGCCACAAAACAACUGGUGGUAAAGCAGGAAGGUACUAUGUUGUAACCGAUGACUCGGAUGAUGACGUGAAGGAUCCAAAGCCGGGGACCCUUCGUCAUGCUGUGAUCCAAGAGGAGCCAUUGUGGAUUAUCUUUGAGAAGUCAAUGGUAAUUAAGUUGAAGGAAGAACUGAUGAUCACAAGUGACAAGACGAUCGAUGGCAGGGGAGUUUCUAUUCACAUUGCCUAUGGCGCUGGUUUAACUAUCCAAUUUGUGCAUAAUGUCAUAGUCCACAACAUUAGGAUUCAUCAUAUUAUAUCUACCUCAGGUGGAAUGAUAAGAGAUUCUGUUAAGCAUAUUGGUAUUAGGACAGUGAGUGAUGGAGAUGGUAUUUCCAUUUUUGGUUCCAACCAUAUUUGGAUUGACCAUUGCACUUUGUCCCAAUGUACUGAUGGCCUCAUUGAUGCCAUCAUGGCUUCCACUGCAAUCACCAUUUCUAACUGCAAAUUCAAUCAUCACAACGACGUGAUGCUUUUGGGGGCAACUGAUGCCUUCCCACAAGAUUCAAUAAUGCAAGUCACAGUUGCAUUCAAUCGGUUCGGAAAGGGAUUGAUUCAGAGGAUGCCAAGGUGCAGGUGGGGAUUCUUCCAUGUUGUCAACAAUGACUACUCUCAUUGGCAAAUGUAUGCAAUUGGUGGCAGUGCUAAUCCAACCAUUAUCAGCCAGGGUAAUCGUUUCAAGGCCGCUAACAACCCUAACACUAAGCAGGUAACUAAGAGGGAUUACGCGCCAGAAUCCGUGUGGAAGAACUGGCAAUGGGUAUCAGAGGGUGAUUUGUUCUUAAAUGGGGCUUACUUUGUGGAGUCAGGGCCACAAAACAAGAAAAAAUCUGCAUUGACUAAACCGCAUAGGAUCAAGUUCAAGCCUGGUUCAUAUGCAGGCCGACUCACUCGCUAUGCUGGUGUGCGCAAAUGCAAAAUCGGCACACCUUGUUAAUCAAUGAUGUGCAUAGUAUUAUGCAUCUGUAGUUUCACUUCUGAGGGCUGGAAGGAGCACAGAUAGAUUGGUGUUUUUUGACAGCAGAAGAAGGAAAAUAGGAGAAGAAAGAAAUGGCUCCGAUCCAAUAACUAGUGUUUGUCCUUUUGUUUCUUCUAUGCUAUUUUUUUUUAUUUAGUUUCUUUCCCUGGCUGGAUUGCCUUAGAGAGAUGAGAGCAGUUAGGAGGGAAGAAAAGGAAAGUGUAGGUGUCGUGAAAGAAUGAACCAAUUCUUGUGUUAAAAAAAAAAAAAGGUAACUUUGAUUUCUAGAAAUCUAAGUUGUCUGUGUGUAUUCAAUUUUCUCUGUACGUAUUCAAUAAAAUAUAGGCCGUAUGUUCCCAAGGGGGCAUUUUACUGUGAGCAAA